UUCAAAUACAUAUAUUUAAUAUUUUGCAAUACGUUCAAUGCAAGAUUUGAAGGAAUCCGAAGCUGAAGAAAAUCUGAUUAGAACAGUCAUUACAACAAGGAUGCUUAUUAGUACAUUCUUAUUACUUAUUCUUAUUAUAUAUUUGAUAUACCAUUAUUAUGUACAAUAUGGACCAAUAGGACGACUUAUUAAUAAUAUACCAGGACCACCAGGUUAUCCAAUUAUUGGUAAUACAUUACAAUUACUAGUUUCAAGAGAAGAUCUUUGGAAGUUUCUAAAGGUUUUAAGUGACAAAUACUCUAUUUGGAAAAUAUGGUCAUUCUAUGAGUACUUAGUAUCUAUCAGACAUCCCGAUGAUUUAGAGAUAAUACUAAGUAGCACAAAGCAUAUCGAUAAAAGUAGAAUUUAUAAUGUAUUACAUCCUUGGUUCGGCACGGGUCUUCUCACCAGUGGAGGUUCCAAAUGGCAAUCUCGGCGAAAAAUAUUAACAUCUGCAUUCCAUUUCAAUAUAUUACAACAGUUUGUUGAGAUUUUGAUCGAAGAAAGCGAGAACAUGACGAAGUCUUUGAAAAAUUCAGGAGGCACAGUUGUAAAAGAUUUAGUACCAUUCAUUAGUGAACAUACGUUGAACGCAUUGUGCGAAACUACUAUGGGCAUCUCUCUAAAGGAAAUGAAUUCAUAUCAGCAACGGUAUCGAAAUGCAGUUUAUGAGAUGAAUCGAAUUAUAAUUUAUAGAAUUAUGAGGCAGUGGCUGAAAAACGAUUGGAUAUUCUCGUUAACACCUAAAGGUAGAGAACAAGUAAAGGUCCUGAAGAUAUUGCACGAAUUUACUGAAAGGAUUAUUGCAGAAAGAAAAGUUUAUCAUAAACAUAAUAAUGGGCAAUACUUAAAAAACUUUGCUGAAGAUGCAAUUGUAGAGGCAGAUGAUGUAGAUAAUAUUAAAAAACGAAAAAAAAGGCUCGCUAUGUUGGAUCUUUUAAUACUGGCGUCUCAAGAAAAUCUUUUGACCGAUUUAGAUAUUAGAGAGGAAGUCGAUACCUUUAUGUUUGAGGGUCAUGAUACUACAGCAAUGGGUAUUUGUUUUGCUUUAUCACUAUUGGCUGAGCACGAAGACAUACAGGAUCGUGUUAGAAAAGAAGUUAAUGCUAUUAUACAAGAAAAUCAAGGAAAGCUUACUAUGAAAUCGCUGCAAGAUCUACAAUAUUUAGAGAGAUGUAUAAAAGAAGCAUUGCGUUUAUAUCCCAGUGUUUUUUUCAUCUCACGAGUUACUUCGGAUUAUGUACAAUUAAAAACACAGUCGUAUUUACUACCUCCAAAAACGAUGCUGCAUCUUAAUAUCUACGGAGUCCAUAGAGAUCCCAAUUUUUGGUCAAAUCCAGAGAUAUUUGAUCCAGAUAGAUUUUUGCCUGAGAAAAUCCGAAAUCGUCAUCCUUAUUCGUAUUUACCAUUCAGUGCUGGACCACGCAACUGCAUCGGUCAACGGUUUGCUUUGCUAGAGAUGAAGGCAAUAAUAACCUCUUUGAUUCAUAAUUUCUACUUGAAGCCCAUUGAUUAUUUAAAAAAUGUACGAUUAGGAGCUGAUUUAGUGAUCCGGUCUAUUGAUCCACAUCGCAUACAAUUUAUUCCAGUUAAAACAUAAACAUUAAAAGAUAAUUUAUAUUUUAAGAAUUUA